AUGCGCUUCUCAGCCUUCAUCUUCACUCUCGCCGCCACUCUGGCCGUCGAGUCUAUCGCCCAGUCGACCGAUUCAUCGGGGACUCAGAAGAUUAACAUGUCUUGCAAGUUUGCCGCAGACCACACGGGCAUGGUGCAGUACCCAUACUGCUGUCGCGACAUGAAGCCCGCACGAAACAAUGCCAAGGCCAACGAAGCGGUGGAUUGUCAGCUUUUGACCGUCCCGCAGCUGUGUGAGGACCAGUCCCGCCCUGCGUGCUGCUAUACUAUUGGCCCCAAGAAGAUUUGCACAUCGCAUGUCAUCUUCCAGAACGCCGAGGACGUCUAA